AUGGCCUCGCUGCUGUCCCUUCUGAAUCGACUGCUGCCCUUCGCAACGCCUGGCACGCCGCUGCUCCAGGAUGUCAUCCAUCUCGCCGUCCUCGCUGGCCUCCUGUACUUUGCUCCGCAGAUACAGCAGAGGCUGCAAAGGAAUUCUAGUCCAGAUGGUCGUCUGCAAAAUGAAGAACCAGAGCCUGUCGCAUUAGAUUCCGCCAGGAAUAUACCGAUACGAGAUCAACCGCAGCCCCAAGCCGAGAACGUUGGCCUCAACGUAGAGCGCGAUGGCGACGUUCAGGCUCCCCUUGAAAACGAAUUGCCAGCAAAUGGUGCCGUACAGCCAGAGGAGGAGAUAAUCGAUGAGCCCGGACCAGCCGAUGCCACCCGACUCCCUGACGGUGCCCGCCAACGCAACAUCGGCGCGAAGAAAGCCAAGUCUCUCGCGCGCAAAGAUCAACGACGCGCGUACCAUGAAUUCAUGCGAUCGCAGGGCGUAGCUCAGCGGGAGAGAGACGCAGAAGGGGCUGCAGGGCGAGAAGCAGCGUUAGCGGCGGAGCAAGAAAGACGCAGAGCGAAGGAAAGGGAGGUGGAGCUUCGCAAGGCGAAUGAGCGAGAGGCUAAGCGGAUUCGGGACGAGGCGGAGAGGGAGGCGACGUCUAAGAGGGUGGAGUUGGUGCUCGAUGUUGUUCGAGAGGAGUUGGAGGUGCGGAGCAUGUGUAAUUUGUUCCGGGUUGCGCAGAUGGCGGGGGAUGAGGUGGAUGUGGAAUGGGUUGAGAAGAUCUUAAAGACGAGUGGCAUGAUUGGGCGGAAGGGCGAUACGAUGACUAUGAUUACGGAGAUGGGGUGGGCGGUGCGUGUGACUGCCGCAGACAUGGCGGAGCUGUAUCACGCUGCCUUAAGUCAAGACCUGGGGAACGAAAGCGGGCAGAUAGAGAACGAGCAGCUCGGGAAGCUCUUGGAAGAGCUGAUGGCAGGCUAG